UAACUUGUUGCAGGGCUGCAACUUGUUUUCAGGCAAAUGGGUUUUUGACAAGAAGUCCUACACGCUGUACAAGGGGCAAAAGUGUCAAUUCAUGCUUGAUGACUUUGCUUGUGACAAGUUUGGGAGAAAAGACUUGAAGUAUCAGCAAUGGAGAUGGCAAGCUCAUGAUUGUGAUCUUCCUAGGUUCGAUGCCAGAGCUUUGCUAGAGAAGCUAAGGGGGAAGAGGCUUGUUUUCGUGGGAGAUUCACUGAAUAGGAACCAAUGGGUUUCACUGGUAUGCCUUGUCGAGUCCUCCAUCCCUCCUGGGCUCAAGUCCAAGUCCACCCAUUUCAAUGGCUCCUUGUUCACCUUCAACGCAAUUGAAUACAAUGCUUCCAUUGAUUUCUAUUGGGCUCCAUUUCUGGUUGAAUCUAACUGUGAUGAUCCAUUCCACCAUCAUGUACAGUAUAGGACGGUCAGAAUUGAGGCAAUUAAAAAUCAUGCACGACGCUGGAUUGAUGCAGAUGAACUAAUAUUUGAUUCCUAUAUUUGGUGGCUUGAGGAGAAAAUUAAGAUCUCAUGGGGAUUAUCCGAGAAAUCCAAUGAAACAUUUGACGUACAAAUGGUUACGAGAUAUGAAAUGGGUCUGAAGACUUGGGCAGAUUGGUUGGAGAUCCAUGUUAAUUGUACCAAGACCAAAUUGUUCUUUGUUAGCUUGUCACCGGCUCACCUUCGGGGAGAAGAAUGGGGAAUGGAUGCAAACCAAAACUGUUACAAUGAAACCGAGCCAAUACUCAAGGAGGGGUAUUCGGGAACCUUGUCAAAUCCCAAAAUGAUGCAAGUGGUGGAGGAAACAAUUGAUGAAUUGGAAGGGAGAGGUAUGAAGGUGCAUAUUCUCAACAUAACCCAACUCUCCGAGUAUCGAAAAGACGGGCAUCCAUCCAUUUACAGAAAGCAAUGGGUGAAUUUAACUGAAAAGCAAUUAUCGAACCCUCGGAGUUAUUCAGAUUGUGGGCAUUGGUGUCUUCCUGGAGUUCCUGAUGUAUGAAAUGAGCUUCUCUAUGCUUACCUUUCCUAUUAUUGAUAUAAGUAGAGAAAGAAGCGCCAUUCAAGAUCCAUAAAAUUUUCAAUAUGGCUGUGUUCAAGAUUUCAAAGGAGAACAAAAUGCGAGAGUUGCCCUUUUUCUUUUUCUUUUUGUUAAGACAGAAAAACUCUUUACAUCUUUUUUAUGGCAAACAAUCAUUGGAUGCCCGUAA